CCCAAGCACGAGCGUCUUCCGUAAUUGUGAGCAAUUGUGAACGUGAAAGUUGAGAAACCUGUUUACGGUUGUCAUUAUGUUUUCACCCGAAACAGAAGUCUUAAUUGUCAACAAAUUAUACAUAUGCUUAGAAAUAAUUUAAAAAUCAUUUUGGCUUUUAUUAGGUAUCAAUUAAACGAUAUACGGCAGAAUCUCAUGUAGUGACAGGAAAUAAAGGUACUUAGGUAUUACGACAUGUGAGGAAACAUGCAUCGAAAUCGGUCUAACGUACAUAGAAGAUUUGUAACGCGUAUCUCUUAAGAUUUAUUUAACAGUGGCAUGAAGACAAGAUGGGAACCUGCAAUUUUAUUUGAUAUUAGAACCCUUUCAUUUUGAAAUCGGAUGAUGUCGACGGCCUGUAGCUCUACAACGUACGAAGAUGCUAUUACUUGUGAUAAAAAACCAAUAUACCGGAAAUGGGAAAGAAUUUCUAAUUGGCUACAUUGCAUCUGCGUGGUUACUUUUGAUCUUGAACUAGGUCAAGCCAUUGAGGCAAUAUAUCCAAAUCAUGUUAAACUCUCGGAACAAGAAAGAUCAAACAUUUGCUAUUUAGCUUUCCCUGACUCUAAUUCAGGAUGUAUGGGUGAUACUCGUUAUUAUGUAAGAUUCAGGCAAAAUGGAAAUUCUGUACAGAAUACUCAUGCUUUAAGAGAAUAUGAUAAAAAGUCUCCAAUCUUCCUAAAAACCGAUAAAGACUAUUACUGGGGAUAUGUUUACUUCCGACAAGUGAAAGACAAGACUUUGCCCCGAGGAUACCUUCAAAAGAGUAUCAUCAUAGUAACAAAAUUACCAUUUAUAAAUUUAUUUGGUGAAAUCUGUUCAGUCAUUGCUCCAGAAUUUUUUGAAACUGGUACCCCUGCUCUGGAACGUAUAAUAAAACAGAUAGAUCAGUGGCCUCCUCCUCUUCCUGGUCAAACUGUGCACCUACCACUAAUGGGGGUAUUGUUUCAGAUGUACAUUCCGAAUCAAAAUUAUAAAGCCAUAGCACCAAUGAUUCCUGCUAUGGAACAUGUUUCGAAUAAGCAGUCGUUACGCAGACUGAUAUUGACAUCAGCCUACGAGGGAGACAUGUUCCGUAGUUUGGUCAGUGUUAUCAGUCAUGUACAUCUAUUGUGGGAACUUGUUUUAUUGAGUGAACCAAUUGUUGUAAUGGCCAGUUCUCCAACAACAUCAUCAGAAGUGGUGCAGGCUCUUACGUCAAUGAUAGCACCACUGAAGUAUUAUGCCGAUCAUCGACCGUACUUCACAAUACAUGACACUGAAUUUAAAGAAUAUACGACGGAUGCUCCUACUCCUCCUGCAGUUAUAUUAGGCGUUACUAAUCCAUUUUUUGCCAAAACAUUGCAACACUGGCCGCAUAUCAUAAGAAUAACAGAAGGAAUGAAUAGCGAGAAUCAUAAGUACAAAAUAAAAAGAUCUGGAAACCUGAAAGUGUUGGACACGAAACCUGGUGUUUAUACACAGUACAAGCCUUUCCUACAAAAGGACAAAACUAUUCUUAAAAAGUUGUUGAGAGGUAUUCAGACUAAAAGGCCUGGAGAGGCGCAGACAGCACUUUUGAAACGGCAUUUGAUGGAAUUAACCGAAAGUUUUAUGAUUCCUCUGGAAAGAUACAUUGCCAGCUUGAUGCCUUUGCAGAAAAGCAUAUCACCUUUCAAGGCUACGCCAAUACCUCAACUGUUUAAUCCGAAUGACUUCCUAGCUACAUUAAGUAGUGCAGGGCCGCAACUGACCACAGGUAUUAAAGGAGACUGGACCGGCCUAUAUAGAAGAUUCUUUCGAUCACCCAAUUUCUCGGGAUGGUUUCACACGAGAUACACCGAGCUGUCGCAAAAAUUACAGGCCAUUCAAUUGGAGGCUCUAUCGCAAGCGGAUCUUUGUUCGUGGGUGGAAGGAAAACAAGAAGUAGAAAUCGUAGACAUGAUACUCAGAAUUCGACAAAAAUUAGAUAAAAGUUACAAGGAGGAUAUGCCAAUUAGUGAUGGCGUGCAAGACAUGCUUCGCGAGAGAUUAAAUGACAUUACUAGCUCACUGCCUGAUGACCUGAAAGCCAUAUUAAAACACGAUUCCUGACGAUGCAGUUUUACCACUAGCUCUAUCUUACUACAGACUACUACAUUUGGAUCAUUGAGCAAGUGGUGUCCUUUAAUGUUUUCAGGGGCUAACUCGGGAUUGUGAGGUCAAUUUAAUACAGAGCUGGAUAGGCAUGUAAAAUAGUUUUGCACAUCGUUAAAGGAUAAAAUGUAUCAAAUUAAUCAGGCAGAAGCCUAUCUGUAAUUCAAUUUACAAACAGUAGCUAACAAAAAUCUUGUAAAUAUUAAUCAAAUGCGGAAUUAUUUGAAAUUAUCCGAUAAAAAGCCGUUUGCGAAACUUUUUCGGAUUUCUGUAAAACUGUUUUAAAAGGGAUGGCUCUGAAACUGUACCUAAAACUUAAAAAGAGAGUUAAGUAUGCUGUCGAUAAUUCGUAUUUAAGAAUACGAGAAAUUUCGUAUUUCACGGAAGUACGUGGUAUUGAUUGCAUGUCGUUGCAAACUGAAAAGUAUCCCCUUUAGCUCAUUCUCAUGAAUGAGAUAAAGUAGAUUAAAUACUAAUUAAGGACGUAAAGGGUUUCCAUAAUCGGGGUAUGCGCCAAAAGUUCCAUCGAUAUAAUUUAGUAGCUCAUAGUUAUAACUGAUUAGAAUCAUGUAAGAACCAUCCCUCCAGGUGGUUAGCAUCGUACAGCAAGAUCAUUUAUAUACAUAAUCAUUUUCUCCGUGUUAAAUUUAAUAAAGUUGACGCGUUGGAUUUCAAGUAGUGCCAUACUAUAUUAGGGAAAAUCAGGUUCUAAAAAUUUCAGCUGAAGUAUGCGCACGCUAGGCUGAUAAUUUCGAACGAAUCUCAAUGACGUCGCCGUAGAUUUCAUCAAUUUUUAAAAUCUAUUUCAAUUAAUUAUAUUAUAAGCGGUCGUCUAUCCCGAUUUUUAAAUGAACACGUAAGAAAUGCUACUUCCUGUUAUAUUUUCGCUUGUUAUGAUUCUGCCGUUUCUAUAAGUAUACACGAGAAAAUGACAUUAAAGUCUAUUUUAAUAAUA